UUUUCGCUAUACACACAUUCGUAAUAUAGCCGUCGAAACGCGAGGGUAGUGUUCAAUUCGAGUCUGUGUUAACACAUCAAGUCAAAUACAUAAAGCAAAAUGGGCGUACCAGCUGGUGAUGUUGAGAAGGGCAAGAAGAUCUUCGUCCAACGUUGUGCUCAGUGCCACACCGUUGAGGCUGGUGGCAAGCACAAGGUUGGACCCAAUCUACAUGGUCUGAUUGGACGCAAGACCGGACAGGCUGCCGGCUUUGCCUACACAGAUGCCAACAAGGCCAAGGGUAUCACCUGGAAUGAGGACACACUCUUUGAGUAUCUGGAGAAUCCCAAGAAAUAUAUUCCUGGCACCAAGAUGAUCUUCGCUGGUCUGAAGAAGCCCAAUGAGCGUGGCGAUCUGAUUGCUUACCUGAAGGCGGCCACCAAGUAAAGGGUUUAGGGAUUAUUCUAUAUACUGCCAUCAACAUACCCAACAACAACAACAACAAAAGCAACAACAUCAGCAGCAACAACUACAACAACAGGAACUAUUGUAUUAUUAAUUGUGUUUAGUCACAAUCCAAAAACAACAUCAAAUAUAAUAUAUACAAAAACAACAACAACAACAAAACAAACAAAAAUACAAACCUAUAGAAACUACAAUUAUGUUAA